AUGGCGGAAAUGACCUGCGAGGCGCUUUCCGCGCUGCUGCGCGAAAAGCCAAAAGUCUAUUACAGAACAGCAGCACUGAACUCUGUGCUGUACGUACACCGCAGAGGCUUUUCUUCCUUGGGAGGCCUCGAGGGUUUUUCGGGCUUAAAGGCUCUUUACGCCGACGGCAAUGGUUUGUGCUGCUGCAGCAAACCCUAG